AUGACGCAGCUUUUCGCGUCCAAUCCGUCCCCUGCGGCGAACGAGAAACGGGGAAAUCUUCCCGGCCUAUCCAUGCCCUCCAAAAAACACUCCAACGAUUCAAGUCAUUUCCCAACGAAGAUCAAGAAUUUUUUUCGCAUCAACAGUUCAAGUAACGCGUCCUCUCAUCAAUCCAACAAUCACUCCACCAACUCCGAUCGCGAUAACGGCUCCUCGACCCCAGCCAAAAAUGAGCCUAAAUCUACCUUCAGACAGUCCCGCUUCCUCCCCAUAAUCGGUCGCAACCGUUCUGCUACGGUAGCCAGUGAAGGGAAUCCGUUAGACGAAGGAAUCUCUCCGACCGCGACGGCAAACCCCUACUUCGUCCACCAAGGCCAGCCCGCCCUUCAACAUCGUAACGACGGCUCAAUACCCUCCUCACCGCCAGAUACCCCAGAGUUACAAGUCGAUGGUGUUUCUGCUGCGGAGCAAGCUACUACAGCUAACAAAGAGGAACUUGCUCGGAAACUACGUCGUGUCGCUUCGGCUCCGAAUGCCCAGGGAUUGUUCAAUGCCGGUGACGCCGGUGCACGACCUCAAACUGCGGAGCUGGGUAAGGAACCUUUACUCCACUCAAGCACUACCGGCGACCCCGUUGGCCUGGUGGAAGUAAGCCUGAGCACCGACAAUGAUGGGACUCUCGCCGUUCCACAACCGGGUUCCGACAAUCUUCCAACCCUCACACAGGUUCGCACGUCAAGCGGUGGUUUCCGUCGGACAUACAGCUCCAAUUCGAUCAAAGUACGCAAUGUCGAAGUCGGUCCCGCUAGUUUCGAUAAAAUCAAGCUCAUUGGAAAGGGUGAUGUGGGUAAGGUUUACCUGGUCAGAGAAAAGAAGUCGACUCGUCUAUAUGCCAUGAAAGUUCUGAGUAAGAAGGAAAUGAUCAAGCGGAACAAGAUCAAACGGGCACUGGCAGAGCAAGAGAUUCUCGCCACCAGUAACCACCCGUUCAUUGUGACACUUUAUCACUCCUUCCAAUCCGAGGAUUAUCUCUACCUGUGCAUGGAGUACUGCAGCGGGGGGGAGUUCUUCCGAGCUUUACAAACCCGUCCAGGGAAAUCCAUAUCGGAAGACGCUGCUCGAUUCUAUGCGGCGGAGGUUACCGCUGCGCUCGAGUAUCUCCACCUCAUGGGUUUCAUUUACCGUGAUCUGAAGCCAGAAAAUAUCCUUCUUCAUCAGUCAGGCCAUAUUAUGCUGUCGGACUUUGACCUUUCAAAGCAAUCAGGGUCCGGGGGUGCUCCCACAAUGAUCCCCGCACGAAGCGGCAACUCCACGACGGCUUUCCCAACUAUUGACACGAAGUCCUGUAUUGCCGAUUUCAGGACCAAUUCGUUUGUCGGUACUGAGGAAUACAUUGCGCCAGAGGUAAUUAAAGGCUGCGGCCAUACCAGUGCUGUGGAUUGGUGGACUCUGGGUAUCUUGAUAUACGAGAUGCUUUACGGGACGACACCAUUUAAAGGCAAGAACAGGAAUGCAACGUUCGGGAACAUUCUCCGUGACGAAGUACCAUUCCCAGAGCAAGGAGGUGUACAGCAAACUUCCAACAUGUGCAAAUCUUUGAUCCGAAAGUUACUGAUCAAAGACGAAACUAAACGUCUUGGAGCUCGGGCUGGCGCAUCGGACGUAAAAACACACCCGUUUUUCCGGCAAACACAAUGGGCCCUUAUUCGCCAUAUGAAACCACCGAUGGUCCCUCAUCAAAGUCGCGGAAAUGAGACUGUCAACUUCCGUAACGUCAAGGAGAGCGGAAGCGUUGACAUUGGCGAAAAGAACCCUUCCAAGAUGAAGGGCGUUCCCCUGAAUUCCGGCCUUGCCACACCGAAUGCUGAAAUUUCCGAUCCUUUUGAAGAGUUCAACAGUGUCACUCUUCACCACGAUGGCGACUUCUAG